UGAUUAGACGCGGGGAAGAAGCGUGUGUGUGUGUGACACCGUUGAAGAUGAGUUAAUCCUGACAUUAUUAUUACUUUCCUCUAUUCAGCAUAAUUAAACUGUUAAACUGGCGGGGUUUCCAGCCCUGCUGUUAGGGACGCAUACGGACGACAAAAAAAAACCCAACAUCACCUUAACAACAAAGGCUCAGCUUCCGGUUUCUGGAUGUAGCUGUCAGGCGCCACCAUCAUUUAAACGGGGCAUCGCUUUAUCAGCAGCUUUAGUAUGAGCGAAGGAGAGGUGUUUCAUGAGAAGCAACGAUUGGAGCUGUGCGCAAUUCACGCACUCAACAACGUGCUCCAGGAGCGGGUGUUUACCAAAGAGACAGCCGACGAUAUAUGCAAAAGGCUGGCUCCACAGUGUGUUGUGAACCCACAUCGGUCGGUGUUAGGGACGGGAAACUAUGAUGUCAACGUCAUCAUGGCGGCACUACAGAGCCGGGAGUUGGCUGCGGUGUGGUGGGACAAACGCAGGGAAGUUGAGAACCUCUGUAUGUCAAAGGUCCAAGGCUUUAUUCUGAAUGUCCCAUCACGAGUAUCUUUGGGGAUUGUGUCCCUCCCGCUCCGGCGGCGGCAUUGGCUCGCAGUUCGGCAAGUUAGCGGACAGUACUACAACCUGGACUCUAAGCUGAAGAGUCCGGUCUGCAUCGGCGGAGAAGCAGAGCUGUGCACAUUUCUCACUGAACAGCUUUCUCAGGACGUGGCAGAGAUGCUGCUCGUUGUCCGACGGGAGGUGGAGGAGGACGGCUCGUGGCUGAACGCUGACAGCAAGAAGUGAUGCCUUGGGACAGAAUAUAACUUUGCAAAGCGUGGGGGGGGGAAAAAACCCUCCUCUGGGAAAAUGACAGACAUUUUGAAAGAGAGAAGCAAACACCUCGUUAAAAAAAUAUCUUCAGGGAAUGCACUAAAAUACAUUUAAUAUCUACACAAACACACAAAUUCCAAAGAGAAGUAUAGGUGGGCAUUUAAUCCUGAAAUGAAGAACUGCUUGAUUGUAACGGCUUAAAAAAGAAAACCAUUGCUCUGGUAUGACCCAUCUACAGUGGGGCAAAAAAGUAUUUAGUCAGCCACCGAUUGUGCAAGUUCCCCCACUUAAAAUGAUGAC